AUGUCGCAAACAAGAAGACGUCCAAAGUUACCAGAGGACGAUAUUAUCAAGAUCAUGGCAUGCGAUUUGGUGGCCGUGUCAGAAAGCUUUAAAAGAACACUUAUUGGGAGAAUGUUCUACCGUGAGGGAAGGAGAGAAGGAUCUAGUGAAGGUGUUAGCAAAGCGACCAUGUCACUUCAAGCGAUGGAGCUUUGCCUUUGCGAGGCCAUCAACAAAGCAAUGGGAUGUGUCGUUGUAACGGAUGCAGAAAAUGCAAGAUUCCAAGUUUCCAUCAACGUUUAUGAGCCUCUACAAUUCGAAAGACGUGUGGGUUUCCCUAACGGUGAUAUUGGCAAAGUGCCUGCAAAUGAAAGAAUGAUCCACCGUAAGCAUAGUGAAGAAUCAGAUGCGAGAAUAAAUCAGGAGAUCUCCCAGCAGCUCCCAUGGACUCCAAAAGAUACUCUUAAACGUAAAAGAUCACAAAGGGAGGAACAUAGGGAUAUAAGGUUUCAGAAUCAGCCAAGGGACUUCAUGAGAGAUGCAAGAGAAAUAUACAAAUCUGAAUCUCAGAAUCCUGAAUUCCAUCCCAACAAUUUUAGUAAAACAAAUUUAGGUACUAGAGAAAGGGAUCUUCGUACAGACCUUAACGAAAGGAGGCAAGCCCAUAGUAUAGAUGUGUGGAAAAGACUUGAUCAACCGAAUGCAGGGCUUUUUCCACGCAAUCGCAAGAAAAUUUUCACAUACCCAAAGUCUGGGUACGAGAUACAAUCUAGGAGAAAUGAUACAGGUAAUUGUAAGGCGGUUAGGAAAUCGAAGCAAACGGAAAUCAAAGAUGAGGAGACGUCUCGGCACUCACCACCUUCUCAUCCGGUAUCGGAGGUUUCAAAAGGCAUCUCAGAUUCCCAAAUGAGAGGUCCGGAUUGA